AGCACUGGAGCAGUGGUUCCCACACACGCCAGCAGUAUUCUGGUCCGAUACAUGCGUGGAACACAACGGCUUCUUCGGCAAACCCUACCUCUAUCCCACGAGCUCAUCCACCGACCAGGCANNGCAACUUUAGUAAUUACAGACGAUCAAAAAAUCGUAUCGACAUAUUUCCGUCUCAUUGUCAAGAUUCUGGAAUCUCCUGACCGUGGGAGUCAAAGCUCGGCAUCGAGUACAUCCAGCAAAGCCGACUACAGAUGGCAUGAGAUGGGAUUCAUGUCCUGCUCAUCAGGGACGAAGAGCAUGAUUAUCUGUUUCAAUGUACCGGACAGUGUUAUUGGCGAUCUACACAAAACACUGCCUACAAACUCCGAGCAGAGCAAAGAUCCAUAUGGAUUGCACAUACCGUUGUUGGAAGAAUUGAUCAAGUUGUAUGAUCGAAGCAUUUGGGCCAUGGCAAAGAAAGUCCGAGAGAUUGAANAAGAACCAGGAAGGCGCAGCUCCACAACUCCUUCCCUCCCAUCGAGUUUACCUCUUCCCAGUGAACCUGCCAAACCAACAGGUCUCGCAAGAACGACCGAGAACUUUGAGUAUCUCUUCGAAAUCUCGCGACACCUGGCCCACAGUGUCGAAACAACACAGAUAGCCACUGAAGUUGUGGAGCGCAUGAAAGAUGCCUGCGACUCGCUCCUUCUCGCCCAUAGAACUCCGAUACUUGUUUCAAGGGUGCAGAGGUUGAGUUUCUUGCAUAGUUUGCUCAGAGGACUUUCGGCGAGGUCGGUGUCCAAUGAGAAGAGAUUGACCAGCGAGCAAGUCUUGCGCGAUAGCAAGGUCAACAAAGAUAUGUCAUUCUUCAGCUCCGAGAUAGCGCUCGCCACCAGAGCAGAUGGUGCAGCCAUGAAGACUAUCGCCCUCGUCACUCUGACCUUCUUGCCUGCUACUUUCGUUGCUGUACNNGCACUCCUCGGCAUGAACUUCUUCACGGUCGAUCUGAAGACGCCGGGCGGACGAUUGACUUCGACAAAAGACUUGUGGAUUUAUUUUGUCAUCGGGGUGCCGUUGACGAGUAUCACCAAAGAGGAAAAGAAAGCGGAACUCCGCAAUAAGCGAAUGGGGAGGGAGGGUGAUGUUGAGAAAGCUGGGUCCUAA